CGGGGAAAGAAAUAAAAAAAAAAAAAAAUAGAGCUAAAGAGGUUUACGAGGGAGUUCUUCCUGUUUUCUCUACCUUGUUUUUCCCACUCUUUUCCUACAACUAGGUCACAUUAGAGCAAGCAGAGGAGGAAGUUUGUGAGGAAAAAUACAAUUCAGUGGGGAGAGGGAGAGUCUUCUCUCUACCUCCUCAGCUCAGAGAGAUGAAGGAGAAAAGUUGGUGUCUGGACACAAAUUAGAAGUGAGAAAAGGCAGACAGUCUGACCUUUUUAAAGCUGUAUUUUAUCUGGGGAAAGCCGGCUGAGUUUGGUAACACUCGGUCACAAGUUUCAGCCCUGCAUUCAGAUAUAGAUUCACAUUUCCUCACAGCUGCUCAGCGGUGAUACAGAUUUAUAUUUUGGCCACAAGCAGCUGGGAGUUUGCUGCCUGGCUCAAGGGCAUCUUAGGUAGUGUAUAUUAUUCAGAGAGGGGAGACUGUUUCUCAUUUCCUUUGCUUAGCUUGACUCUCCUGACCUGAGGGGUUUUAAACCAGCAGUUUUCUGGUCACGCGUUGGUUUCUUUGCCCUAAGUGACAGAGCCUUGAUCAUAUCAGUUGGCAGAGAGCUGUGUCCUCUACAGCAGCCAAAUUGGAUGUUUGCAGCUGCAGUUUCCCCCCCCUCUCUGAUUUCACUGCCAGCCAACUAAAUGGCCUUCGCUUUAUAUAGUGGAAGAGGAAUCAACAAGGAAUACUCAUCGCAGUUUCAGUGAAGGUCUGGUGUGAGUUUGGCUCAGCGCUGGACUUUUGGGGCCUGAAUGAAGAUUUAAGCUGGCGGCUGCCAUUUCAGUCCACUGAACUCCUGAGGAGCCUGCUGCUCUCUUCAGGCAUUUCUUCUUCUUCUGUGCUCGCUAUUCCCCCCGCCACCCCCCUCCUUGACUCUGUCUCUGCUCCCAGGUAACCUGUGGGCAUCGCUCAGCAUGCUCGGAGCCUCAGGGCAGACAGACUGACUCAGGCGCUUUACGCACCGUUCUAUCAUUAGAGGCUCUGUAGGAAAAGAUUAAGGUCCUCCAGCCAGUGAAGAAGCCAUGCUUAUCUGGUCCCCCCAUGGCCGUACAACUUCCACCAUCACCCUCCUCCGCUCGCAGCUAAUGUUGGUCUUGGCCCUGGCCGUGCUGCUCUGCCCAUUGGGCCGAGUGACAGGUCAGGGGGAGAGUCAGACCCAGUCCCCCGCACAGGUGCUCCAAGACCUGCUGGCCCGCCACGGCGACAACACAACCAUCACGGUGCCCCAGCUACGCUCUCUGCUGGUUCUCCUCAGCCAGCGCCAGGGUGAAGGUGACGGCGACAGCGAGGGCAGCAAUGUGGCUGAAACACCUACAACCGCACCUCCCAAAUCUAACAGCUCCAAGUGCUUACCUGCAGACACGCUGGCGAUUUACAGCAUCAGCGAGCAGUCACGUCUGGAUGGGCAAGACUUAAAGGAGCUGUGCCCCACCAUGCUGCAGCAGUUGGACACCGGCAGCUGCAAAGCGCAGAAAGAGGAGGAGCUGAGCGGUGACACCCCGAGGCCCUCAGAUGCUGAAGUGUGGGGUUAUGGGAUCCUGUGUGUCACACUGAUCUCUCUGUGUUCGCUGGUUGGGGCCAGCGUGGUGCCCUUCAUGAAGAAAACCUUUUACAAGCGACUGCUGCUCUACUUCAUAGCCCUGGCCAUUGGCACGCUCUACUCCAACGCCCUGUUUCAGCUCAUCCCAGAGGCCUUCGGUUUUGACCCAAUGGUGGAUUUCUAUGUGUCCAAGUCUGCGGUGGUGUUUGGAGGCUUUUACCUCUUCUUCUUCACUGAAAAGAUCCUCAAAGUGCUUCUCAAACAGAAAAAUGGGAGCCACGGCCACAGUCAUUACUCCAACGCGGAUCGUUACUCGACGCCCGACGUCGAGGAGGGAGAGAAGGAGAAGCUACAGCAGAACGGAGAGGCGAGCAGUCUGGCGUUGGGAAAGGUGGACGCCGGGGAAGGCGAGCUCAUGCUCAGCCCCGCGCAGACACCACAGGACUCCCAGAGUCCAGACAGUGGGGGGCGGUCCUCCAGCAGCGGCGGUGGCUGCUAUUGGCUGAAGGGGACGACCUACUCUGACAUCGGCACGCUGGCCUGGAUGAUCACGUUGAGCGACGGCCUGCACAACUUUAUCGACGGCCUGGCCAUCGGCGCCUCGUUCACCGCCUCCGUCUUCCAGGGCAUCAGCACCUCAGUGGCCAUUCUGUGUGAGGAGUUUCCCCAUGAGUUGGGAGACUUUGUGAUCCUGCUGAACGCUGGCAUGAGCAUACAGCAGGCUCUGUUCUUUAACUUCCUGUCAGCCUGUUGCUGUUACCUGGGCAUGGGCUUUGGCAUCUUGGCCGGCAACAGCUUCUCCCCCAACUGGAUCUUCGCCCUGGCAGGAGGAAUGUUCCUCUACAUCGCCCUGGCAGACAUGUUUCCAGAGAUGAACGAGGUGAGUCGGGAGGAAGAGGACGCGGGCGGCAGCAGCUUCCUCCUCACCUUUGCCAUCCAGAACGCCGGCCUGCUGACGGGCUUCGCCAUCAUGCUCCUACUCACCACCUACUCUGGACAGAUACAGCUGGCCUAGCGCCGGACUCCUCUGGACCAACACCAGCUCUGGCCCUUGUGAAAUGAAGAUGUCUGCUGCUGGUUUGUGCUGGUGGAAACUGGCCCCAAGAGCAGGGAGGAAGACCAAGAUGUUUUUUUUUCUCUUCAUCUUCUUCCCUGUCAGAUUUGGAUUUCCAGUUCAUUCUCAGUUUUCAGGACCCUGGAUUUCAGGGAGUUUGGCUGCUGUGCGGCAGGUACGCACACCGACUCCUCAAUCGAAAAUAUAUCUGAUUAGAUGUUCUUGCGCAGUUCCCACAUGCAGUAGAUUCGAGUCAGAGGGGGUGGCAGCCUUCUUUUGACAUCAACCUUUUCCUGACAGCUGCUUCUUCUGUAACAGUCUUGAAAUAUCAACUGAAGCAGUGUUCAGCCUACAGAGAUGAGUUAAACGAAUAGUUAUCAUUGCACUUCUUAAAGGGGACCUAUUAUGCUUUUUCCUUAUUUUCAGUCAUAUAUAUAUAUAUAUAAUGUUACAAUGUCGGACGUUCCUAUUAACCGUUGCCAAAGUAUCAAAUAACGAGACUGCUGGUCGUCUGCAGUUCUUCAUCAAACAUCAUCAUCACUGUGGCUGCUUGUACUAGUCCUCCCUGCAUUAUUUCUAACUGAUCCGCUCAACAAAGAGCUCCAAAUAUCUCCAUAUCUUGUGUCAACUGGUUGUUAGCGCCGCCGAAGAAGCUCUGCUAAUUGGGUGCGGAACAUUUUUCAUUUCCUGUAAAUUCUUCACAAUAAAAGCCCCCUUAUUUGAUCAUUUAAAAGCUUUUAAUAUGAA